AUGGGCACGCAGGACACCUGCAGCAGCGGGGUGCGGCUGCGAGAAGCGCUGCGCGGAGGAGCCCUGCGGAGCCGCUCCUCCCGCAGCGGGGAUUGCGGCGCGGAGCGAGUGUGCGUGUUGAAGGUGACUCUGGAUCCAGCUACGGCCCAUCCCCAACUCAUUCUGUCUGAGAAUCAGAAAAGUGUGAGCUGGGGAAAAGCAUGGCAGCAUCUGCCCAAGAAUCCUGAGAGAUUUGAUACUGUUGACUGCGUGCUGGGCUGCGAGCGAUUUGCCUCAGGGAGACAUUUCUGGGAAGUGGACGUGGGGGACAAGGGAGCCUGGGCUGUGGGGGUUGCCAGAGAGUCUGUGACGAGGAAGGGACGCAUCAGCCCUAACCCCGAGGGAGGGAUCUGGGCUGUGGAGCGGUGGUGGAGGGGUGAGUACAUUGCUCUCACCUCCCCUGAUUGGACACCCCUGCCCCUGAGGUCAGCCCCCAGAAGGGUCCAGGUGUAUCUGAAUUAUGAAUGGGGCCAGGUAACAUUUUCUGCUGCUGAUACAAAUGCCCUGAUCUUCACUUUCCCACUGGCUUCAUUCACAGGGGAGAAAGUACACCCCUGGUUCCGGGUUGGGGAGGGAACCCAGCUCAGCCUGCGCUCCUGA